GGUGAAAGUGAAAAUGACAAUGAAUUAGAUACUAUCUUGAAAAAUUAUAUUGAAAAGAAGAUACUUCAGCAUGAAAAAGAAACUAAAGAAAGGGAACAGAGAGUUCUUAGAGAAAAUUACAAUUUAGGGAAUGUUUUAGCUGUAAAGACAGAUAACGAACAAAUAAUUUCUAUCGAUGAUGUUGCUAAUCCUUUACGUCAUGUUGGAAAAGGGGCUCCACGCAAGAAUCGUAUUAAGGGUGUGCAAGAAGAAUAUCAACCAAAAAAGAAAGUUAAAUCAAAUGCAG